GCCGACCAAAUGGUGGAGAGCUGUUCUAAAAGUGACGGACGGGAUUUAAGGACGAAGUCGCGUUCUGAAACAUGUCUACAGUCGUACACAGAUAGCGAAUAAUGAUAGCGAAUCGGGAUGAAAGUUGACGGGGUGAUCGUAAGUUUACGUGAAUCCGCGGCUGUCGGUGGCGCCGGUUUGUUUUGGAAACGUGAGGUGAAAAGCGGUACGAUACACAAACUUGACGGAUUAACGGUGGGCGUGAGUAGUAGUCCUGAGGGGGUUUAAGUACUAGUAGUCAUAUGAGCUUUUUAUACACAACCAAAGAACGCCUAAAUAGGGAGACGCUAUCAUGCCUGGCUCAAGAAAAAAACAGCACAUUGGCGCUGAGGACGGUUCUGGUGGCAGCGAGCCGUUUACUGCUUGUAAAAAGAUGUUGAAAUGUGUGGUGGUCGGAGACGGAGCGGUGGGCAAGACCUGUUUACUCAUGAGUUACGCCAAUGACGCUUUUCCAGAGGAAUAUGUACCGACUGUGUUUGACCACUAUGCAGUAAAUGUAAUUGUAUCAGGCAGACAGCACUUACUGGGCUUGUAUGACACAGCUGGACAGGAGGACUACAACCAGUUGAGGCCACUCUCCUACCCCAACACUGACGUCUUCCUCAUCUGCUUUUCUGUGGUGAACCCGGCCUCGUACCACAAUGUCCAGGAGGAGUGGGUUCCAGAACUCAAGUCCUGCAUGCCUCAUGUACCUUACAUCCUCAUAGGCACACAGAUUGACUUGCGGGAUGAUCCAAAGACGCUGGCCCGUUUACUCCAAAUGAAAGAGAAACCACUGACAUAUGAGCAGGGCCUUAAACUGGCCAAAGAGAUUGGCGCUCAGUGCUACCUUGAGUGUUCAGCACUGACCCAGAAGGGACUAAAGACAGUUUUUGACGAGGCCAUCCUGACCAUUUUCAGCCCUAAAAAACAGAAGAGGCGCUGUACCCCAUGCAGGAACUGUUGUACUAUUGUAUGAACACCAGCAGAUGUUGUAAGGCAAAUCACACUGUGAACACCAGCCCACCUCGUGAUCACAAACAUGCAGGAAGGAAACACAGCCAAGUUUCAUUGGUUUCUAAACAGGGCCAAAUGAGACAAUCAAGCCCCUUCAUUGACUGACAGAGAAAUAGACAAAACGGGUCCCUUUACUGUGAAUAAGAUGCUAUCAAACCCCACUGAUAGCUGAUCAGGGAAAGUGCGUACCUGAACUAGGAAAACACAUAGCCAAAAACCUUCCGUAGCUUAAUGUGGGGAAAGGACGGCCAUGUCUGCUCAGUACAGCAUUAUAAGAAUGAGACACAGCCAAACCAUUUUAGUGCCUGAACACAGAAAUGAGACACUACUAACCUCCUGUAAGACUUAACCAGGGGGAAUGAGACACUGCCAGGACUCCUUAGUCUCCUACUCAAUGUAGGAAACGAUAACCAGGCUCAUUUAGUACCACAUAAAAUGUAAAAAUGAGACACAGCCAAACCCUUUUAGUACCUGAAUAUAAGAAUGAGACAUUUAAGCCCCUGUAAGACAUAAGCAGGGCAAUGAGCCAAGCAGCAGUAGCUCCUCUACUUUGAUGUGUGUUCAGACUCACAUCAUUAAGAAGUGAAAAUUGUCACCUCUUUAUUGAUUGUGUUGAUGCAUAUUGGGUAAAAUAACAACUAGCAAACAAACAGUUAUGAAAUAUCCAAGAUUAGAUCCCUUAAGACAAGUGGAUAUGAAUUAAUACAGCUUGUAAAUCUUAUUUGUUAAAUAUGGUUCAGUAAUGCGGUAACAGGGUUUUUCAAAAAAAAUGCCCCUUUGUGGAGGUAACAGGACGGCAGUAACACACCCAGGACAGGACGCCAAUCAAUCAUCGUGGGGCCUCAGCAAUCCUGUAGUAAUG